AUAUGUGCUGAAACACUCGCAGCUAUAGUCGUGGGUUUUAAUAUUCUGUUAAAACCGGAGCAAACUGGGUGCACAAUGUUUUCUCAGAAACAGUGACGCGGAUUUUGAGGCAUCUCCACGCAGGACUCUCUCAUCUCCCCUCCUUCUAGCAGCGCAGUGAAGGAGAGAGCUGAUCUACACACAGCAGCAUCAUCAGCAGCAGCAUCAGCAGCAACAGCAGGCAUCAAGGCACCGAGCGCUUGCCAGGGUGCUUUGUCCCCCCCAGUUAGGACAUGGCGUCUGAAGACCGCUCGAUGGCAUACCGCUGAGGAAGAGGAGUAAGUUAUGGAGUCUUUGUUCGGAGGGGAGCUGGGAUUGCUGGGAGGAAGUGAGGGAUUGAAGGAGGAUGGCUGCUGGGCAGGAUCGCCCUUACCUGAGGAUAUGUACUCGGCCUCCCACUUCGCCCUCAUCAGUGCUUACCAGGACAUCAAGACCCGACUGGCCGGACUGGAGAGGGAGAACACCGAUAUCAAAAGAAAGCUCAAGCUUUACGAGAUAAAGUUUCCUAUGAUUAAUGACUUUGGCGAGGACAGGAAUUCCUACUGCUCCUUUGAGCCUAAAGAUACGGCCUUGCUCCAGUCUGAGAAUGGCAAUCUGCAGCAGAGAAUCAACAUCCUCACCCAUGAGCUUCAAAAGGGUAAGGAACGGGAGGAGCAGCUGGAAGAUGUCAUUCAGGCCUAUGAGAAGAUCCACAUGGAGAAGACUAAUCUCCAAAGGGACCUGGACAAGAUGACAUCUCUAGUGGAGAAGCACAUGGAGCGAAUCCACAGUCUAGAGGCUGCUCUGAGGCAGCGAGACAGCUCUCUACACAAAUUCAACACACAACUGCACAGCAAAGACAUGCAGUACCUGCAGCUCCAUGCCAGUCCUGACACACACAGGCUAGACUGCCCAGCUCUGACCCUUCAGAGCUCCCGCAGUCUGGAUACUCUUUCAGACCUGAAACUACAGCGGCUGGAGGCAGAGCUAGAAGGGGCUCGGCAUGAGGCCCGAGGUGCAUGUCAGAGGGAGGAGGAGCUAAAGGCUGAAUGUGAGAGACUGCAAGAAGAGCUAAGAGAGCUUCAGAACAACCAGAGACAACAGGAUGUGAGCUCCACUUGUGCCCAGUGUGACAUGGAAUGGAUAAAGAAGGUGGGAGAUGAACAAGUGAAUCUGGCUCUGGCCUACACUGAGCUGACUGAGGAGCUUAGCAGGCUACAGGCACUGAGCACCAAACAGACAGAGAUUCUGAGGAAAGCCUCACAGGAAGACACUAGCCCAGUUCAACGCCAUUCUCCUGUGCCUCACCAGAGGCACUCGCCUGUUCCACAACGACACUCCCCCAUCCAACAACGCCAUUCCCCCAUCCAACAGCGUCAUUCCCCAAUUCAACAGCAUCAUUCUCCUAUACAGCAGCGUCGCUCUCCAGUGCUGCAGCGUCUCUCCCCGGACAUGCACCGCCGCUCUCCCCUGGCCGAACUUAACGAUGGUCCUGCUUCCUACACCUGCAGACCCCCUACUCAGCACCUAAGAGCCAGUUUUCAAGGGCGCCGCAGUUACUCCGAAGUUGCAGACCCUUCUGCCUAUCAGCGUCCGCCAAGGUUCACCCUUGACCCUGUCUCCACCUUGCCAAAGCCCCGUCCAUACGUUGAGAGCUACCACAAACAGCAGCAACAACAGCAACAGCAGCAGCAGCAUGGCCAUAUAAUGGCCCAAAGGCGAGGCUCCCAGCCUGGGAUUCAGACCAUAGGAGGGGAAGGAAGUAUGGCUGAAUCACCUAGACACAACAGAGAGCUCUCUUUCCAGCAUGCAGAAUUGUCUCAUCUGCAUUAUGAGCCUCAGCCUGCUCCAGCAACGCUACAUACCUCUCCCCAGCCACCACACUCUUCAGAGGAUGAGGAAGAGUGGACCUGCCCUCACCCCAUCAGUCCCCCGCGGACACUGGGGACUUCUGGCCCCGCCUCCACCAUGAGGGGCCCUGCUUCCUGUUCAGCCUUCCCCAUCCCAUCUCGCCCCAACACCUUAAGCUGCCACUCACCUGGAUACCUGCAUGCAGAACAUGCCCAGUCUUGGCCAUCCAUUAAUCUUUGGAUAGAGACAGAGGAGGAGAGUGAUGUGAGGAGCUGCCCGCUGUGUCAACUCAUCUUUCCUGUCGGUUACCCUGAUGAUGCCCUAAUCAAGCACAUUGACUCACACUUGGAGAACAGCAAGAUCUGAGACCCAUAUUCACCACAUUGUCUCUUAAACCCAAUUUAACACUCAUCAGCUGUUCCAACAGUUUUAACUGGAUUAUUUUUAAAUUAAGGGGAGAGUGAGUGGCCAUCUGAGGCCAGAUCCUCAUAACCUGAGGAUUAGCAGAGAUUAUCAGUAUGUAGUGUGUUAUAAUUAGAAAUGGCACUAAGAGACGAAGGCUUUACAAUACCUUCCAAACACAAUGUUGACUUAAUUGAAUUCUUUCAACUAUUGUGUAUUUUGAUAUCAAGCUAAAUCUUGGAGUUGUUACAGGCCAACUCUCCUUAGCAGACAAUAUAACAGUCAUAUACAGAUAUGCCGCAAUAACCACAGUGUUCAUUAGGCUCCAGGUGGACUUGAAAAUAUGAGGCAUUAUUUCAAUACUGGAGAUUUUUGCUGUGCAGGCUCUCUUCUGUUAUUUUAAACUAAGCUUCCAUGAGCCUACAUUGCUUUUUUCAGACCUGUCCACAGAGGCACAUCCAAAAGCCACACAGUUACUUAAACUUCAUAAUGAGUGCUUGAAGACUGUGUAAAUUGAGAGAAGAUGGUGUCCUGCAGGGCAGAAUAUCAUGGCCAUUCCAAAAGUGUCAGUAUAGUACACUGGCCGAUGACUACAUUUGUAAGUGGGUCUAAAUUUCAGCACUUUAUACAAAACCUUAAUAUCUAACUUAUCUUUACAAAUAUUACUAACACAAAAGCAAAAAAAAAAAUGCAGUAUAGAUUUUAUUUAUUUUUAAUAAUACCAAAUGUCCCUUAAUUACAUCUUAGAUUGGUAGAAUGUCCCUUUAACAAAACUAUACAUAUAGAUGUAUGUAGUUCAUAUUAUAAUACACGUAAUAUGUCAACUUGGAACUGCAUCUAUUGUUUGUCUUCCUGUAUACAAUAUUCUUGAAUGAAGGAGCCUAAAGAACAUUACCAGGACAUAAAAUCCAUGAUUCUAACAACUCCAAGGAAACUUCAGAUGCUCAAACCUAACUAAUGACCAAUGAAUAUCACUCAUACUGGAUCAUAUUAAUCAUACUUGUGAGAAAGUAUGGUCUGAAGGUUUUAAGUUCCUAGAUUUAACAAGACUAAAUAUGAUGAUAUUGCAUUUUUCAAUACAGCAUUUAUAUGACUUUCACAGUUAUUCCAUUUACUACACAAACGUAACAUUUUUCCUAAAGACUCAGCACUCUGAACCUGACUCAUUUUCCAGUGAACUAAACAGUUGAUAGUAUGGAUGCAUCUAAGAUGUACUUGACAAAAUAAGGACCCUUUUUCUGACCAAAUUGCAAAGCUGUUGUAUGAAAAUGCUUUACUUUAUGUACUAUAAAUGUACUUGAUCUGUAUUUAAAACUAUUUAAGUGUAUUAAAUUGUAAAAUCUACUAUGUAUAUAUAUAUAGGUAUUUUGAAAGCGCAAAGGAGAGAAAAUAGCUUGCUGAAGAGCAAAUGGAAAGUUUGCUAACUAAGAAUUACAUGCGUUGUUUUAAUUCUACUCUGGAGGCAAAGACAAGAAUACAGUAAGCUAUGUUAAUUAGCAACAUUUCUGGCUAUUCUCUCUAGAGCGUGUCCUGUACUGUGAACUCUUUUUGCGAUUUCUAUUAACAUUGUGAAUGGCCAGGCCACUUAAUAUCCCAGUGACCUAAUUGUUGAGCUACUAAAGAGAGAAAGUAGAACAGCAUGCUCACACCAGUAAAGCCUAAAUUACAUACCUGAAUAUAGCUAUGAGCAGACACUGGCUGUCACAUGGCAAGGGAAGAACAACCAGUCUAAAUGCACUGGCAAAUUAUAAAUAGUAAAUGCUGAAAGACCUGAAGGCUAAGAAAUACACUUUGUAUCAUGCUAUAUGAAGAAGACCAUAUAUGCGUGACCAAGAAAUUAGAUAAACGGUACAGUAUGAUCAUCAUCAUACACAGACUGGGAAAAACCAGGUUUAUAUCUUGACUGAAAAUAAUGAAAAAUCAAACAUAACAUCUUCAUAUUGGUUAAAGUGCAAAGCCUAAUGUUUUUUUUAUCUUGUGGCUAGGAUGUGCAGGCCGGUGCAUGCGCAGGGUGUCUGCUACAAAAUCACAAAACAGCACAUACAACUCACACAUAUUUUGAGUCAGUCUAGCACCUUUAUCUGCAGUCCUACAGUGUAGAAACAAAAUAAAGCUUAAGCCAUUAUUCACAAGAGUUCACUCAGGAGUUAUUUAAAGAGCUAUUGCUGAUGUUUCUCAUCCUUAGACCUGACUUCUCAGAAAAAAAAAAUGCAAGCCAUCUCUGGAUCUUCUUCUCUUCUAGCCCUGUAGUUUUGUGUGUGAUUACUUUGUGAUAUUCUUAAAUAACUCAGGGGAUAAGACUUUGUGAAUAUGGCUCCUGUUACCGUGCACUCCAAAAUAUUGUUCACAGGAACAGAGCGAUCACAUCUCACGGAGCCAAAUCUGUGAGAGCAGAGAGAGCACUAAAGAGUUAGGUAAUCAUAGACAUAUUUUUGUGAUAGCAAGGAGUGACCUCAAAAAUUCUAUGAAAAAGAAAUGUUCAAAAUAAAUACAUAAUGUGUCAUAUUUUAUUGUUUCUGUAAAUAAAAUGGUAAAUAAAAUGGAACAUGCACUCA